AUGGCAAAAGACGAAAUCGUGAAGCCCUUGACUCUCCAGAAAUUGACCGAGUUUGAAAAGGAACAAAAUAAAACUGGAUUGGUAUACUUAUCACGAAUUCCACCUUUUAUGAAGCCGGCAAAGAUUAAGCAUCUAUUGAGCAAAUAUGGUGAAGUAGGAAGAGUUUAUCUUGCACCUGAAGAUCCCAAAAUAAGAGCUCGGCGAAUAAAAUAUAAAGGACAUAAGAAACAAAACUACACUGAAGGAUGGGUUGAAUUCAUGGAUAAAAAAGUUGCAAAAACCGUUGCAACUGCCUUGAACGCUCAACCAAUUGGUUCGAAAAACAUUUGUUUACAAAUAAGUGCUAACAAAUGUUUACAUAUUUAA